UGAUGGCAUGUGAAUAGAAAUGUCCAUGAUAAUGAUAUCACCUUUGACCAACGAACUGUGUCUGUGUCACUGUGACUGUGUGAAUGUGCAAUUCUGCAUCAAAAGUAAAGUGAUUAAUUGCGAUGCACUGCUAUAUGCCUAUAUUCACACACCAACCGCCAUGAAGAAUUCUCACACUCUUCUCUCCCACCUCCUUCCCUUUCUAUGCACUCUGUCUCUCCGCUACUCUGCACAAGCACUUCCAGACUUCGCUGCCUAUCCUUCAAUCCCUGGAACCGAUUCCGGCGACUGCUGGAUAGGCAGCAGAGACACUCCCCUCGUCCCUCCACGGCGGGAAGUGUACGACGAGGGGAGAAUCUUUGACAUCAGCCACAGGUACACCACGGAGAUGCCGCUAUGGGAAUCUGAGGAGGAGCUUGGGUACUUGAUGUGGUUGACUCGGAGUAUGAGGAAUGGUUCCGUCGCCAAUUUCUCUACCUUUAAGCUUGGCCUUUACAUCGGCACCCAUGUCCAUGCAGGCUUUGACGUCGAUCUCCUCGAUUUACACCUCCUCAAUGGUCUUGCUCUGCUGAUUGAUGUUCCACGGGACAAAAACAUCACUGCUGAAGUUAUGAAAUCACUGGAUAUCCCUAAAGGUGUACAACGUGUGCUAUUUAGAACAUCAAAUACUGACAGGAGGCUUAUGUUUAAGAAGGGAUUUGAUGCAAGCUAUGUGGGAUUCAAGGAAGAUGGAGCCAAAUGGCUGGUGGAAAACACUGACAUCAAACUUGUAGUUGAUUACUUAUCUGCUGCUGCUUAUGAUCAUUUGGUGCCAUCUCGUCUUGCUUUUCUGGAAAGCAGGGACAUGAUUAUUGUGGAAGGACUAAAGCUAGAUGAUGUGGCAGCAGGAGUAUAUUCACUGAGAUGCUUGCCUCUUAGGUUGGUUGGCUCUGAGGCAUCACCAAUACGUUGCAUUCUCAUGAAAUGAUCUCGCCCUCAGCUUCCAAAUAUCUGCAAAUAAAGUAUUGGCCAUGUAAAAUGAACAAUUUUACAUUUUUACUACAAGUAAAUGCUUGAGGGUUUCAAUUAGGGGUGUAUGCGGAUGGGAUUAGAUUGGGUAUGGCCGAAAAUUCGAUUUGCUCCGCAUCAUUCUCAUUGAAUCGAUCGGAUAUCAUGUCUGCGUUUUUUAGUGUGGAAUCCGAUCCGAUCCGCAAAUGUGCGGAUUAGAUCGGAUGGGAUAUCGGAUAUAUUUGCAUAAUUGAAUCUUCUCUUUUUAAUUAUAUUUCUAUGUAAAAAAUUCAAUAAAAAUAUUUCUUACA